ACAUUCAAUAACAUACCUACAUUAAUGUUAGGACAGGGUCCGUGUUUGAUUUCAACAGCACGCCUGUUUGUUUGCAGUCGACAGCUUUAAAACCAUCUGAACUAGAGAUAUUUUAGGCUUCUGUUAAAUGCAUUGAAAAAUUGUUCUUGUAUCAUGGAGUAAACAUCCAACAUGGCUUAAAAAUGAUCUUCGGUGAAUGAAUGUUUUUCAUGAAUGAAGUGUUUAUUCCUUAACUAAGCCUUUCUGUAGCUACUGUUUGUUUUGCCCUUUGAAGUUUUAUACUUUCCGUUUCACUUUUAGAACCAUUACUGAGGAAUUGAUGACUGCUAGUGGGUGGUGAUUAUCUGAUGAUGUUUUUUUGUUUUUUUUGUCUGACUGUGCUUUUUUCAACACAUCAUUUUAAAAGACUUGACAGCUGCAAUGAUGGCUUUUUCAACUGCUACUUAUGGUAAAGGAAACUUUGGAAAGGUGUAUAAAGUAACAUUUAGAAAUACCUGUGUGGCUCUUAAAAAGGUGCCCUGUACUGUUGCAACUAAAGAAGAAAUUCAGAAAGAGAAAAAUAUAUAUCGGUCAUUGAAUCAUUCCAAUGUGGUGAAGCUCCUGGCAGAUCCCUGGCUGGACUCUAUGAGCAUGUGGAAUAUCCCUUUGGAAUUCAUCUCUGGGAAAACUCUGGAAAAACUUAUGUUCAGCUCACAGUCAUACAUGGAGCUAACAAAGCCUGUCAUAAUCACCAUUAUCAAUGGCAUGUGUGAAGGCCUCGCUUACAUGCACAGCAAGAGUAUCGUCCAUCAGGACCUCAAGCCUGACAACAUCAUGGUGGAACACAACACUUAUCGGGCCGUCAUAAUUGACUUAGGACUCGCCAGAUUUCAAAGGAACGGGCUUUGCUUUGGCGCAGAAGGAGGCAAUUGGUGUUACUCUGCGCCGGAGAUUUUCCAAGGAAAAUACAGAGACCAGUACUCUGAUGUGUGGGCGAUGGGCAAAAUCAUAACAGAGCUCCUGAUCGUGCCCAGAGCGAGACUCCCUCCGACCAUCACCACUGUUCAUGUGAUCGCAGCCAUGAAUAUGAAUCCGUAUGCUUUCCCGGUCUCUAGAAUGGUAAACAAACUUGUUUUAUUCAGACCUACAAUGGCACAGAUUUUAGGACAGAUUGUUCAGGCAGGGAGAAGCUGGAUUUUGUAUACUUCUCUUUUUGGGAAUGUAGGAAUGUAGCUAUUUAAAAGAUUCUCUAGAAGCUUAGAUUUGGCAAGGAGUUUAUUACUGACUGACAAACUUCACUAACACGUUUGCUGUGUUCAUGUGCCAGUUAUGAACUCGAUGAAGUGUAAAUCUCAAGAUAGUAAAUGACUACAAUUACUAAAAAAAGAUGCAUUAAGAAACAUCUUUCAGGUUGUGCCGGGGAAAUGUAAUUCUAUGGCCAACAAUCAAAAGAGGGCAAAUGUUUUUUAAGUGUAUUUUUGGAUGUUGAGAAUAUAAUUUAGUUUUUCUUUAUUUUUUCAGAGAUUAUAUGUGAUGAUAUAGAUUUGGAUAUAUAAAUAGAUAUAUUUUUAUGUUAUAUAUUAUUUAAUUAUGAUCAGUGUCAGUUUAAUGGAAUAAAAACAGAGUUCGUUUGAAAUGUCAGAACAGUGGCCAACAGUUAUUUGUUGUUCAUUUUAAUGUGGUUGAUUAAUACAUUUAUUUUACAUGAAUAAAAUGCUCUUUGAUAUUUUCAGUGCUCUUUGUUGAUACACAUCUGUUGACAUACUAGAUGUUUCACUUUCAGAAACUAUCAUGCGAUGUUCCCUUAAGGAAAUGUUUCUGCUCAGAAGUUGUUUUUUCAUUCCUCAGAAGACUUCAUGGAGAUCUCAUACUUGUUUCAUUUAACUUUCUUUCAGAUGUUUCUCUU